AUGCUGACUGGGCAGCCUGUGUCUAUUGCAGGGGAAGGCCAGUGACGUUCAUGCACAGACGAGGACUCAGAGCCCCGGGGAGCUGGGACUAGAUCCCUGGCCGGAGCUCACUUUCUCCCCACAGAAGCUGGUAUCUGUGUUUGCGGUAAACCAAGUGACCUGGAGAGGUGGCCUACAUGAGAAGCAGGACCCGUCAAGGUCACGUUGUCAGGUGGCCAGCCUGCAUAAAGGGGGUGUGGAGGCUGUGUCAGCAGCUGCCCCACCAUGACCUUCUGGGCCCUCCUGCUCCUCGCGUCGGUGCUCCUGGCCACCCCAGGUCUGACCUUUUCUGGUCUGACCCAUGAGGACAAUGACCUGUCCAUGGCUGACAUGUAUGAGGAGGAGCAGUUCUUCAAGAUCCUGGCUGAGGAGGACCCCAAGGGUGACCAGAUAAUCACCCCCUGUAAGACGUGUAUGGCUAUAAUCAAGUGGCUGGGAAAAAUCCUGAGACACAAUCACACGCAGGAAGCCAUCAAGUGGGCUGUGUCCGUGGUAUGCCAGAAGAUACACAUACCCAAGUGUCUAUGUGACAAAACAGUUAAAACAGUUACUAAAUGUCUUAGUGCCAUCACCAAGGCUCUCGAGAAUGACAAUUCCCCCCAGAAAAUCUGUGUGAAAAUCAGGAUGUGCAGACCAGAAAUAGGUCUUGGAGCCUCUGGGGCCUUACCGGACCCUCAGGAGAAGCACAGAGUCUUCAACAACCAUCGCCAGCUCCUGCCUUCCUAAAUCCAGGGUGGACCCUCCAGUUUCCCUCACCAAACUCUUUGUAGCGCCCUCCCCUGGUAGAGAAUAAAAUGUCAUGCAAGCUUGUA